AUGGAUGAUUCUUCAGAUGACGAUACGCAAGGAUAUCCUCACUUUGAAACACUGCAUGUACAGACACCGUUGAUCCACUCGCCUAAAUUAAGCAUCAAACUGGAUUGCAACAUAUACUACAAGAUCGAGUCUAUUCAGCCCUCUGGUUCUGUUAAAAUGAGAGGCAUUGGCAAUUUUUGUUACAAAGCGGUAGAAUCAAGAGGAACAGACAUUCACUUCAUCUGUGGAUCAGGCGUGAAUACCGUGCUAGCAGUGGCUUAUUGUGCUCGACAAUUGAAUGUGAAUGCGAUACUGGUCAUGCCAAAAGAAACACCUGCUCCCAUCUGCGAUGCCGUUAGAUUAGAAGGCUCACAGCUGAUUUUGUAUGGUGAGAAUUGGGAUGUUGCUGAAUCUCAUGCAAGGAAAUUGGUCAAGCGUAAUGGAGUCUACGUACCCUCAGCAGACCACGAACACAUUUGGGAAGGACAUGCCAGCAUCAUUCAUGAAUUACGAGAUCAAUUGGGCGAUGAUAAUCCUCCAGCUGCCAUUGUCUGCCCCGUAGGAGGAGGUGGACUACUGAACGGCGUCAUCACUGGAUUGCAAGAAGUGGGAUGGAAACAGGUACCUGUAAUCGCAGUAGAGACGCAUGGCAGCAACGCCUUUCAAGCAUCGGUCGUAGCAGGUAAACUAAUCACACUGUCCAACAUCUCCACCAUCGCUUCUGGACUCGCAUCGACCAGCAUCAGCGCCAAAUCCCUUGAACUCAGUCUGGUCCAUCCUGUGGUUCCCUUUGCUGUCAGCGAUGCCAUGGCUGCCGAUGCGGUUCGACUGUUUGCAGAAGACAAUAAACUCAUUGUGGAAGCAGCAUCUGGAGCUGGUUUAUCUUUAUGCUAUACACAAGUCAUUCGCGAUAUUCUGCCUUCCUUGGAACAAGAUGCUGACGUUGUGGUAUUGGUCACUGGUGGAUCGGAUAUCAGUUUGGCUCAGUUGGAUGAAUAUCGCAAAAAGUACUUUAGACCGCCUGUCAUUGUCAAGAGUGGUGGUGAAGUGUUUCUCAAGAUGGAGGAUAAAUUGACACAUAUUGCCAACCAUUUGGAUAUGGCGGAUCCGAUGGGUAUCUCGAGUGAUAAUCUGGCUAAAAUACACCAAAAGCCACAGCACCAUCAAUUACCACCACCAGCAGCAGCAGUGCCGCCUCCGCCACCUCUACCGCCAUCUGCCAGCUUACCUCCUUCUACACCGCCACCUCUCAUCUCACAAUCACAACAACAACAACAACAGAAUCCUCAUCAUCAUCAUCACCACCAUCAUCAAACCAGCUCGCAAAAAUCAAAAGCAGAAGCAUCCACGCCAUCAUCAUCCAAUAUGGCCAUGAUGGAUGCCAUUAUGGAAGAUGUGGCAUCUCAGCACAGCAUCACUACGACAGGUACCUAUGAAAAUGACAUGCUUCACGACCAGGAGAACCUGACACCCACUCCUAAUAACUUAAUGACGCCCAUGACUCAAUAA